UGAUUCUGAUAAUGAAAACGCUAAUGAACCAGUUGGGCACCAAUUUACUGGAAUUUGGAAAGAAAUUGAAUUAGGUGAAGAAGUAUCUUGUAAAGUUUAUAGAGGAAAAUGUAUUUAUUGCAACAAGAAAUUUAGACGUGCUAAACUUAUUAAAACUAGAGCUCAUAUUGUACAUGAAUUUGAAGAUUAUGCAAUUCCAACUAAAACUUCUAUAGAAAUCAAAUCCAGGUCUACAUCUAAGAAAAAAUUUAAACCUGUGAAAUUUUCAGAAAUUUACCAAACAGAGGUUGAUAAGGCAUUAAUUGUGCUGCCUUCACGUGAAGUAUUAGCAGAACGCUUAUUGGAUACUCAAGUAGCCCAAGUUAAUAUAAAAGUAGAACAAACAAUUAAAUCAACUUCAAAUUUAAUACUUUAUAUUAGAGAUGAAUUCGCUCACAAAAUUACAAAUAACAAAGUCAUUACUAUUUUAAAAAGUCGUGGAUUCUUUGAUGAUAUGCAGUACUUAACAGAAAUACUUGCACCAAUCAAAUCAGCAAUUCUUGAAGUAGAAGGAAGCCAAUCUAAUCUUGCCGAUUGUUAUAUUGCUCUCCUUAAAAUUGGUGCUGCAAUUAAUACCUUACCACAAAAAGAAUAUUAUAAAUUUAGAAACCAUUGUAUUUAA